AUGACAAGAAACAAUAGGUCCAAUUAUGAAAACGUGGAUUAUAGUGAGUGUGAAGAUGGUGAUCAUGUUCAAGACUCAGAAACUGAAUUGGAUCUUCCUCUUGAGAAACUGAAUCUUGGACCUCGGAAGAAGUUGUUGGUUAUGAACCUUAAUGGGUUACUGCUUUACAGAGUUAAUCGUCGUAAUAAGCAAGAAAUUCCGAAGUCUCCACGCGCUGAUGGGAGAUAUGGAAACUUUCUUGUUUUCAAAAGGCCCUUUAGCGAAGAAUUUAUGCAAUUCUGCUUAGAAAGAUUUGAAGUGGGGAUUUGGUCUUCUGCAGUGGAGAAAAAUAUUGAUGCUGCCUUAAAUUAUGCCCUUGGAGCAUCGAAAAGCAAACUGCUGUUUGUAUGGGAUCAAUAUCGAUGCACGAAUUCUGGGUUUAAAUCCUUAGAGAUAAAAUACAAGCCUCUUUUCUUCAAGGAACUGAGUGAAGUAUGGGAUAAUGUCAAGAAAGGAGGCCCAUAUUCUGCUUCAAAUACUUUGCUGAUUGAUGACAAACCUUACAAGGCCUUACUCAAUCCUCCUAACUCAGCAAUAUUCCCUGAUUCAUAUAUGCCUAAGGAUGAAGCUGAUGACACUGUGCUGGAUCCAAAGGGUGAGCUAUGUUUGUACCUUAAUAACCUUGCUGAUGCGCAUGAUGUUCAGUCUUACGUUAAGGAUUAUCCAAUUGGACACCCUGCAAUUACGUCGUCACACCCAGAUUGGGAUUUUUACUCUAAAGUGAAGGCAUGUCUUCGGCAACAAAAAUAA